AGUUUUAAGAAGAAUUUCAAGCUAGAUGUGUUAGAUGCUAGCGCAGCUAAAAUCUAAAUUGUCAAAAUUGAGUAGUUCUUUAAAGCAAUUUAUUUUCUCAUCAAAUUAUGACGACUCACACAGUACGAGUUGAGCCGACUCCUUUCAGCCCUCAAACACAUCCAAGUGUCGUUAUAACGAUUUGUUUAUCGUCCUUAAGUUUUCAUAAUUUCAAGUUUAGUAACUCAGAUAUUUAUGUAGUCAAUGAAAGUUACGGGAAACGUGAAAGAAAGAUUAAACAGCUGAAUGAAGAGAACAGAACCUCAGGGCUAACCAAAAUUGAAAGCCCUGAAGGAGUCGGUGAGACUAAAGGAAUUCAAAUUUAG